UUGCUGACAUGCUGACUUUCUACAGUUUUCCAUCACUAUGAGGAAACAUUUAUUUGGUUUGGUUGGAGUGAAAUCAAACGGGGAGCAGCAGCUCUUCAAGACGAGUCAUCCGCCUUCCUGAGGACGACUUGGACGUGAUACUCUUGAGAUUCCCUGAAGUGCACAUUUUUCUUCUGCUCUUUUUUUAAAAAUGUCUCCCAUUGUCACCGUUUGUCUCAGGUCACGUUGCAUAACGGCGUGUUUAGGUUAGUUGUAGUUGUUAGUUGCCUGUGACCUUGAAGCUUGCGUUUCUGGCCGUCAGCACAGCUAAAGGACACGGCAGCUUUGUUUGUGUGUAAACUUUUUCUGACCAAUGGGAACAGUCCCCCCCCCCCUUGUCCUGUCUCUGUCCCACUCUGGACUAUAAACUGCAGAGACGGUAGUUUCUGUCACCUGUUGGUGAGCGUUCAAGCCUGCGCGAUGGUUUCUCAGGGGAUUCAGAUCAGCGGCAUCCUGCUGGCCGUCUUGGGCUGGCUGCUGGACGUGAUAGUGUGCGCCUUGCCCAUGUGGAAGGUCUCUGCCUUUGUUGGGGCCAACAUCAUCACGGCUCAAACCAUCUGGCAGGGCAUGUGGAUGAACUGCGUGGUGCAGAGCACGGGUCAGAUGCAGUGCAAAGUCUACGACUCUGUGCUGGCUCUGCCGCAGGACCUGCAGGCGGCUCGCGCCAUGUGCAUCAUCUCCAUCCUCUUGGGGAUCUUUGGGUUGGUUUUCGCCAUCGCUGGUGGAAAGUGCACCAACUGCAUCGACCACGAGAAGUCCAAAGCCAAGGCCUGCAUCUGCGGGGGGGUGAUGUUCAUCCUCUCGGGCCUCCUCUGCCUCGUCCCGGUCUCUUGGUCCGCCAAUUCGGUGAUCAACGACUUCUACAACCCCAUGACGUUUGAAGCCCAGAGGUACGAGAUGGGGGCCGCCCUGUACAUUGGCUGGGCUGCCUCGGGGCUGCUGCUGAUGGGAGGGGGGCUUCUGUGCUGGAACUGCCCGCCCAAAUACGAACAGCCCCGAUAUGUGCCCAAGUUCACGCCGGUGAAGGCCGCCUCCACAUCCAGGGAAUACGUGUGAGAUGUUCCUGCACGGACUCUGAAGAAGCGAUCCUUCCAAAAGCACCGAAGCUUCCCCCCAUGAAGUCCUCGCUGUCUUUCAGUGAAGUCCAGCACAGAAACAGAGACUGCGUUCCAAUUUCACAGCAGUGAAACCCAUCCGUGGAGCUUCCCUGCUCUUUCUCAAACUUUUGUUCAACUCAUUUUGGGGAAAUUUUUACUUGUGUUUUAGUGCCUAAUGUUAAAACUACACUUUUUACUGAUUGUCUUUGUUAGAAAAAUGUAAACUUUUCACUUUUAUUUUGAAAAAAGAAAAAGGUUAUCUGCUUGAGAUGUUGAACGAUGUGCACUUUGAGCUGUUUUCCAGAGAUUCCUGGAAAUGUCUGAAGUGAAGACGAAAAGUUUGGCUUUCUGAUCCUCAUAGGAAGCUGGAACUGUUGCCUGAGGGUCAUGACCUUUGAACACAGGAAAUCUGUGUUCACCUCUAAUGUUUUCUUCAUGGAAUCAAGUUUUAAAAAAGCCUAAUGUAAACUUUUUGGUUUUAAGCCUCUGUACUUUGCAACUUUGAAUUAAACUGAAGUCAAACACGG